AUGGAAGCGUUGCAAUCAUUUAAUGUUGGAACCCGGGUUGAUUGGUUAUUUAAGGAAUAUGAGUCGGGAGAAGAUGUUGUUGUGGAGGAAGUAACAUUGAAGAGGCUUUUUUGGGCUUUUAAGCCGUGUAUUGAUGGUUUUGAUCAUUGCAUGCCAGUUAUUCAGAUAGAUGGGUCUCACCUAUAUGGUCCAUAUCCCCUUGUACUUUUGAGUGCUAUAGCGGUAGAUGGUUUCAGCCAUAUUCUUCCACUUGCAUUUACAAUUGUUGAAUCUGAGAAUUUAUCUAGCUGGGGGUGGUUUGUGGAGAGGUUGAAGAGUGUUGUUGGUAGGAGACACGGGAUUUGUGUCAUAUCUGACAGGCAUGCCGGGAUCAUUGCAGCUAUGGAGCAACCGGGAUGGUGUGAGCCACGUAACCAUCACAUAUUCUGUAUUAGGCACCUAGCUACAAACUUUGUGACGGCAUUUAGGAGACCGGGUUUGAAAGAUAGGAUAGUGGAGUUGGAUUAUCAAGUUCAAGAGAACAAAUUUGAUUUGUUAUGGGAGCAACUUUUGAUUAUUGAGCCUAGGGCGGCCAAAUGGUUUGAGGAUAAACCAUUGGAGAAAUGGUCACUAGUGCAUGACGGGGGAAGACGUUUUGGUAUCAUAACCAACAAUCAUGCCGAAAGUUGGAACAAUGCAAUUAUUGAAGGUAGGAGCCUUCCGAUUAGUUCUUUGAUAAGGGAGAUAUUUUUGAAGACGGUGGACUAUUUUGACCAAAGACAGGUGGAAAUUGCAUCCCAAUUAUCUAAAGGGCAAUUGUUUACUAAGCAUGCCAAUAAGAUGCUUAGUCGGUCAAUCAAUCGUGGUAGUGGUCAUAGCGUGCAAGUUUUUGAUCGAGCUUUGUUGUUGUUUCAAGUGGUCACUAGGAAGAUUGGUCAAAAGGGAGGUAAUAGUCAUACCGUCCGGAUCAACGAGUCUAUGUGUUCAUGUGGUAAAUGGCAAACUUAUCGGAUUCCAUGUUCACAUGUGAUUGCUUGUUGUGCUUAUUUGAAUUUGGGUCAUGAGAAGUUUGUAGGUGAUUGCUAUAAGUUAGAGAAUUUGGCGAAUGUGUAUAAUGGUAUAUUUGAACCAAUACCAAGCAAAGGGGAUGCUCGUUGGCCAAGACUUGUGGGUUUUCCAAAAGUCACACAUGAUAAAGAGGUUCCAAAGAAGAAAGGAAGGGGAAAGUCCACAAGAUUUAAAAAUGCAAUGGAUUUUCAAGCACCUCGCGGAAAGAAUUGA